UCCUGAGUCGAGUAAAACUCCCAGUCCCGAGAUGCCCCGUGUCGGUGAGCAAACACAGAAACGUGAGGAGGUGAAGUUCGGAGAUACUCGGUGAAUGACAGAGGACUGGUUUCUUCAACUGUCAACGCGCCGGAGGAAAACUACAAACAAUCUCACGCCGACGGUGAGAUCACACUUCAUUUGCUUUUGUCUCGUGUUUAAUCCGGUUUGUUGGACACUCAUGAAUAGAAAGUACUCUGAGAAGAGUGUACUUUAUUAAUAUAUGUAAAUAUGGCAUCUGGAAGAAUAACGUCCUUCCGUCGGGUCGGUAGUCUCAUGCGGAGUAAAUCUGAGGGGACACUGAUUGACCUGGGUGAAAAUACAUCAACAAGCAACAACCUGAAUGGUGGGCAUGUGACACGAGUCCUGCAGAACUCAGAGUGGUCGCUUCUACAGCCAGAAGUUGCUCAAUCAUCUCAGACAAACAAUCCCUUCUGGAACAAACUGUCUGCAUCAAACCCGUUCUUAGAUGACAUCGUGCACGGCAGCACAGACAAACACAUUUGCAACACCUCAGAUGUAAAAGGAGACAAAGAAAAACACCAGGACACAAAUAACGAUGACGCCGUCAGCACUUCGUCAGAUGAGGGCAACGUGGGGAACUUUUUACAAAACAAACACAAAGUCACUAAUAGAUCUGGGAGAUGGAGGAGUGCUUCAGACAUCCUGGAUGAUCUGGAGAGAAAAGAGCCCAAACGGGAGGACAGCUUCCAACCGCCCGCGCCAGUACUGAACCCAGACUUUGAGUGGCUGAAGAACGACAGAGAAGCCUAUAAGAUGGCCUGGCUGAGCCACAGGCAGCUAACCCGCUCGUGCCUAGACUUAAAUCUGAUGAGCCAGAGCCCCGGAUGGGCUCAGACCCAGGCCACCGGUUUUCAGGUUAUCUGCAGGAUCGGCCAUGCCGGAGGCACGGUACAAUUACCGGACUCCGGUGUAAGCAUGCAUAUCCCAGAGGGCCACGUUCCUCCUGGAGAAGUACAGGAAGUUACGUUGAAAGCAAUGCUAGACCCUCCUCCUGGACUCAAUAACAACUACAUGACAACCAUGAGCCUGCCUUUGGAGGUGGUUCUCACCAACAUCAACACAAAGACAUGCAUCUCUCUGGAGGUGAAACUGUCCGGAGAGGUGAAGAGUGACUCGUCAAGUCAAGUGAUGGCCACCGUGGUCGGAAUGUUGUCCAACAAAAGAGAUGGGCCUUAUCUAAAAGUGGACGACUGUUACAUUUACAAGAACAUGAUGCAGAUGAAGAUCCAGAACCUGAAGACACAUUUUUAUGUGAUUGCAGUCGCAGAGGCCUCUGCAAUUCAGUCGCCCGCUAUGUCGGUGUGGGAUUACCUUGACCGGCAAAUCACUGUGGCAGUUUAUGGUCCCAGGUACAUUCAUCCAUCAUUCAAAGUAGUAAUAGUGGUUUGCUGUCAUGAGAACGUUCCACCAAAGCUUCCAUUUUCUGAUAUAUGUCGAGGCAACAAAAACCCGCCUCCGCUUGUGCUGCAGCUGUGGGGAAAACAUCGGUUUAAACCCGACAAAGUGAGCGACCUGCGUGUCAGAGUGAAUAUCAAGGGCUCAUCGUUUAAAAUCAAACCUGAGGACAAACUGAAAGAAGUGAGACAGAGUCAGCUCAAAAUAGGGUCAGUUUUGAAACUGCCUGUUGCAUUAUCCUGUGCUGGUAAUUCAGAAAUGACUCCCUUUGAAUUAGAUCUACAAGUGAAGGAAUCGAACGCUGCGACUCUUGCACAAUUCCAGGUGCCCUCCCCUCCCGCACCACCCAUGCGAUUAGAAAAGCGGUUGUCGAGGCAGCUGGACAAGCGACCUGAAAUAGCGAAUAUCCCUGAGGAGAGGGUUCCAGAUCUCCCCAAAUUCAAAAACAAACCUGUGAACCUGCAGUGGUACGGUGUCGCUCUAAAGUCAGUCCUCCGUCAGCCACGUGUGGACUACCUACUGGAGUACUUCAAGGGCGACACCAUGGCCCUUCUCUCCAGAGAAACCGUCAGGUCCGUGGGCAACUCGAAAGUAAAAGAGUGGUAUAUCGGAUUUCUGCGCGGUAGGACUGGUUUGAUUCACUGCAAGAACGUCAAGCUCAUAACCAGAGACCAGGUGAUUGACUUCACCGGCAUCAAGGUCUACCCAGAGGUGCUCCUGGACAACAUGACGUUGCCCUUCAAGAAGCUCACCUACAUGUACUCCUCCAUCCAGACGCUGGUCACUGAGCACAUCACCAGCUGGAGGGGUUUAGCCGAUGCUUUAGGGUACAGCAACCUGUCGCUGGACACCAUCACACGGCGGCACGCUGAAUCCGAGGAUGAUAAGGUGGCGUGUGUUCUGGAGAAGCUGAAGGAAGACUGUCACGCAGAGAAGAGCAGGAAGUUUUUGCAUGAACUAAUGGUGGGCCUGCUCAAGAUGGACGCUAUGAAGCUGGUGGCUCAGCUCAUUCAGAACACUGUCAUCUUGUCCACUGCCGUGGAGCUCGGGGCCCGGUGGCGGGAGCUCGCUGAGAAGAUGGGGAAACUCUCCAGUGCUCAGAUCGCCGGCUAUGAAUCCCCACAUCGAGGGAAGAGUGGAGAAGUCGGUGCCCAGUCAAUGUGGAAGCCGGCCUAUGACUUUCUGUAUUCCUGGAGUCGGAACUAUGGAGACAGCUACAGGGACAUGAUCCAGGAUCUGCACCUGGUGCUGGACAAAAUGAAAAACCCCGCCACCAGACAGUGGAGGCAGCUGACCGGUGCCCUCAUCACAGCAAACUGUCUGGAUCUCUUUCGAGCCGCCGCGUACCCAAAGAGCUAAACCUUCUGCAAACGGACUCUGGUGAUGACGUCAACCUCAACGCACUUUGGAAAACUGAGACAGAGAGGUUUUCUGUUACACUGCUGAAAGGAUUUGAUGAAGAUGUUACUCAAAUCUCUUUGUUGUCUGUCACAGCUUUGUGUUCGUGUUUUGUCUUCAAAAAGCAUUCAAUAUAAUAUUCAGUCAGAUUCUUGCACUAAAUCUCCAGACCUCACUCGAUGAGUUCACACUUGAGCUGUGAAGAAACUUCAAUCAGAUGAAUAUUAAGGCAUUUGUCCACCUUACUGUGCCAAUGUAAAAGAGACUAAAAGUACGAUUUAUUUUUGGCGGAUCAUUCUCAGUGUUUGGAAAUGCUCUCCGGCUUAAAAUUAAAUCGGCAGUGCAUCAUGGGUAUUAUGUCAGUACAGCUCGUAACGUUACAGAUUGAAUGUCAGGCAUCAUUCAUUCAUUGCACGCUAGAAAGGAAAUGAACAAUCUCCCAAUCUUCUUCUUUCCUCCGACAGCCGUCAAGGCACACGCCACAUUAGCUAGCUAGCUAACCAUGAAGCUACUUUGCUUGUCAGUUGAGUGGAAGCUAAUGUGUGAGCCUCUCAACUCAUUGUGCCAAUACAUUAUGAAAUCAACUGUUACUGUAAUGUAAACAGUUUGGUUCACUCUCCAGUCAAACUUAACAAUUGUUGGUUGUUCGAUCGUUGAAAUAUAAAAAGAAGGGAACCAUGAGUUACUUUUCGUGACUGUUACACGUUAUCAACCUUUCUCUCGAUAUCAGAAUUGUUUCAUGACGCUGUGCUGAAUCUUUUCCAUUUGAUCUAAAACAAAGGAUUUCAUUACAUCUGGCACAAACAUCCGCUUGAACGGUGGUUAAAUAUAAAGAUGGUUAAAAUUGGAGAUCGGAGGUCAAUCUCACUGCGACCUCACAAAACACGUCUUUGGCUAUAAGUAAACCUAAAAUGCUUAAGUACUUCAGAGUAUUUUGGGGUUGUAGAUCUAUCUCUCCAUUCUUAUGUACGUCCACAUGUCUGUCCCAUUCUAAUGAAGGAUUUGAUGUUGAUAGUUAUAGGUCAAGGCCACUGUGAUCUCACGAAACACGUCACCGUUAUAGAGCUGAUUACAGUACGAGAGGGAGCCGCAAGCACUAGUUUGUAUUCAGAGUCAGAAACCCAAUACACACUGUGAACACUGUUGCUGACUAACAACCUCAUGGGUUACAAUACAUGGACUAAGAUAAAUAUUUACUGUAGUUUUGUGUUGAAGGUGAAAAUGUUCUUCCAAAGUGAAACACGCUUUUCAAGUUUCCCCGACGCCAGUAAACAAACUGUAAAGAUGGUGAUUUACUGUGCAUGUGUCAUAAACUAUUGUUGUUUUGUUUGAGUGUAUUUGUUAUUUUUAUACAAUUAUGUAAAAUUAUAAAUAUAUAUAUAUGUAAAGAGGAUAAUUUCAUGGGGUGUACAAUGUGAAAAGGAUAUAUUGUUUUUUAGCAUUUUGUUUUUAUUGCCAAAUGGAGACGUCAGUAUUUAGAGUAAUUAGGGUUCACUGUGGCUGAAGUCACUGGAAGUAAAGACUAAGAUUGAUGUUGAUACUGAAAUGGAGAUGUAUUACAUGAGAUACAAAUAAAUAUAACUUGCAUUAAUAUAUCUUACUUAAGAUGAUAUUAAAUAAAGCAGCUACAUUGAGCUUCUCCAACUGUCAUUAAAACCUGUGCAGGUCAAUCACUAUAUUUGUGAUAAAAUCGUAUUUUAAUACAUUUCA